GCUGAUAAAAAUUCCAACAGCGCUUAUCAAUAGAAAAACUUUUAAAAACAUAAAGAUAAAGAAAAACUUUGAACUUUGAUGUUUUUUAUGAAUUUAGGAGAGAUUAGAUUAAUGUGUUAUUCGUACCGAAAUUGAAAAUCGUUCUAGUGGAAACUAUAAAUUAUAAAUUUUAGAUAAUUUUUUCUCAAUUUUUGAAACCUAUGUGAACAAUGUUGACCAGUUUGGUUAAAGAACAUCACGCUAAACAAUCUGCAAGAAAAGAGAAACAAGAAGCGAAGAGGAAAGAAGCAAUAGCUGCUGCAAAUGAUCUGACACAAGCAUUAGUUGAACAUUUGAACUUGGGAGUAGCUCAGGCGUAUUUAAAUCAGAAGAAGAUUGAAGAAGAAGUCAAACAAUUACACUUCAACAUGGCUCAAUUCUCUAAGCAAACACAUCAAUGGGUUACUUUGGUCGACAGCUUUAACGGUGCUCUGAAGCAAAUAGGAGAUUUGGAAAAUUGGUCGAGGAUCAUAGAAAAAGAUAUGACAUUUAUCGCCGAAUCGUUGGAGCAUGCUUAUAAAGGACUUCAAGAGUAGAAAAUUUUCAAUGGGAGCUUUUGCAGUUGACCGAUAUUUAUCGGCUUCAGAGUAUUUUCAAGCUCGGACAAUCGUAUUCUGCGUGUUUCUUCUUAAGUGGAUGUGUUAAUAUUCGUUCGUCGUUGUUGCUUACAAUCAAUUUGAGUUUCAAGUUAUGAGUCUUUUAUGAUUUACCUAUCAUCAGGGAAUUUUCUUUACUUCCGUUUGUUGAAGUUGAAGGAUGUUGUUUUUACUAUAUUUUUUCGUACAUAUAAAAUGGUUUCAUUUUUUCUAAAAAACUGGGGUUUUUAUUGUAUGUUUUUUUUUUAAAAACCCUAAUGGUUAUGGAAUGGAAUAUAGGCUGCGGGCUUACUUAUUCAUUUUAUCAAGAUGAGUCAUUUUGUAUGGAAUAUUUAUAUUAUAGAACACUGUACUAUGACUGACCAAUUUAUUCUGUCAUUGAUGAGUCAUUUUAUACAUUAAGGUGUAAUUCAAGUGACGCAUAACUGACGUAAUAUUUUAAUGGAGAGACUGGUCGUUUUCUAUGAAAAAAAUGGAAUAAUAUAGUGCUUGCGUCUCUGAUACUUCCUAUUUGCGCAAACUACUAAAAAAACUGGGAAAAUUUCGAUUUUAUAGUUCAUCAAUGUCCAGAGUUUAAUUUUCAAUUAUGUAGGUUAUUCAUCCUAUGUUUGUUUUCAUUUUCAAGAUUUUAUCAUUUUACAUUGUUUACAUUUAUGGAGAAUAAAGACAAAAGUGCAAUCGA